AGAGAGAGAGAGAGAGAGAGAGAGAGAGAGAGAGAGAGAGAGAGAGAGAGAGAGAGAGAGAGGAUUUCGUUCAGUAUGUCGUUGGGUGCUGUUUCUGGGUCCUCAAUGGGCUCUCCGCCGGCGUCUUGCGGUGGGCGGUCGCUCGGCGGCGUCCUGUUACACGGCAAGCUUGUGUUGACCAUCUCCCGCGCCAGGAAUGUAGCGAAGGCGAGGACUACAGCGGAGGAUAUCCUGAACGGCUCCCCGUGUAUGCGUGACAAGCUACUGAGCAAGGUGGGGACGAGUUUCGUGGACUGGACUGUGGGUGUGGCUGACAAGCUACUGGCCGCGGGAUCGAAACUCACCGAGACAGUGAGCAAUCAUGGCGAUCCGUACGUUGUGGUUGACAUCGCCGGAGCUCGCGUUGCCCGAACUUCUGUGAAAAAGAGCAGCGAGAACCCCCAGUGGGACGAGACUUUCAGCAUCUACGUCGCCCAUCAUACCAGCACGAUAGAUUUCACCAUCAAGGACGACAACAGGUUUGGCGCCGGUGUCAUCGGAAGCGUGCGUGUUCCCGUCCAAGCCUUGGCCGUAGCUAAUCAGGUCAAAGGCGGAUCGUUCGAGGUCUUGAAACCGGACGGGUCCCGUUACCCGGGAGGGUGUAUGCUUGACUUGGGGUGUCAUUAUAAGCCCGCUCAGAGUUUACCCGGCUGGCGCACUGUGUUCGGUCUGGCACCGGCGGGGCAAAUGGCCCAGAUCCAGGACAUCAGCUAUCUGAGGCCGGAUUCAAUAGAUGCUCCUGGUGUGCCCGGCGCUUAUUUCCCCAUGAGGCGGGGUUGCCGCGUCACGCUGUAUCAAGCCGCCCACGUGCCUGAUGGGGCGCUCCCGGAGGACAUAAAGCUGGACGGCGGGCGAACGUACAGACAUGGACGGUGUUGGGAGGACAUCUGUGCAGCGAUUCUCGGCGCUAAGCACAUGAUUUAUAUCGUCGGGUGGUCCGUCAACGACAAGAUCAAGCUGGUGAGGGACCCUGCAAGGCCGAUGGGUGAUGGAAGUCAGCUCACACUGGGGAAACUGUUGAAGAAAAAGGCCGCAACGAAGGUGAAGGUGGUGCUGAUGAUCUGGGACGAGAGGACAUCGAGGCGCGAAAUUGAGUUCCUGAAAGGAGGAUUUAUGAAAACUCGCGAUGAGGAAACGGAAGACUAUUUUCGUCAUUCGGAUGUCAAACCUUUCUUUGUUGCUCAAAUUUUCGAGAUGCCGCUGAAAUUCCGAAUAAUUUGCGGCAUACCCCUCUGACGGCCACCCUACCCUGUCGCACCCCUUUGACAAUGAAUGAUUUUCCCCCUG